AUGUCAUUUCAACGAGUUGCACUCAUUGGUAAAGGCCUUCUGGGUACUGCCGUCCUUGAGCAAUUGUCCAAGAGUAGCUUCGAUGUCACAGUUCUGAGUCGCGACCCUUCUUCCCUCAGUGGGCUUCCUUCUGGGGUAUCUACCUCUGCUGUCGAUUAUAGUUCUAUCGACAGUUUAGUUAGUGCUCUACAGAACCAGGAUGUCGUGGUUGCCACCCUUGGAGCUGCUGCUAUUCUUGGACAGAAGGUCAUUAUCGAUGCUUGCAUUAAAGCUGGAGUCAAACGGUACAUUCCGUCUGAUUGGGGCUCCAUCACGACGGAUCCCACAGCGCGCCAUCUUCCAACAAAUUAUCCUUUCGUCCAAAUUCAGGACUACCUCAAGGAGAAAGCCCAGAAGGGCGAACUUGAAUACACGAUCCUAUCGACUGGUGGCUUCUUCGAUGGUAUCCUAGAUGUGCCGUUCCUGUUGGACCUCUCCACCUCAUCGGUCGAAUACUUCGACGAGGGACAACAUCCUUUCAGCGUGACUACCCUCGACGGCGUUGGAAAGGCCGUUGUAGGUGCUCUGAAGGUGCCGGCGCAAACCAAGAAUCGAAAUAUUUUCGUUCAUCAAGCUCUCAUCACACAGGUGAAGAUGGUUUCCAUCGUCAAGAAAUAUUCUACAUCUGGGCGCCAGUGGCAAGAGACAUACGUGAACGGCGAAACUAAGUUCAAUGAAAGUCUGGAUUUGGCUACGAAGAACCCUGGUGAUUUCGGAUUUAUCAUGGGUUUGCUUAAGGCCAUGGCUCUCAGUGGUAAAUUCAACUCGGCUUAUUCCACUGUGGACAAUGACUUGGUCGGUCUUCCAAUUCUGAGCGACGAAGAACUGGAGAAUCUGGUUGUUAGCAAGCUUCGCGAGAAGGGACAAUAA